CCACUUUUUCAGUCGUUAGGAGCACAUGCAUUCAGUUAGACUCAAAAGGCCUAUUUACUCCAACGUCUUUUUCUGUGGUGCGGUAGCAAUCAGCGAUAAGAUACAUUUCUUAUAGAUACAAACACACACAACGCUUAUGCGUAGACACCUAUAAAUAGUGUAUGCUCAACGCAUUGGCUUAAAAGUAAAAAAUAUAAUAUCGAAUAUAAAUAAAAUACUGAUUAUGUGUGUGAAACUGGCUUUUUUAUACUUAGUUUUCUGUUAUGUAUUUAGAAAUAUCAAUUCAGUCAAAAUAUGCUGUAAUCCACAAUCAAUAUUAUAUAAAAUCUAUGGACCGAAUAACCUAACUACUUAUAAUUGUACUGACACCCUUGAAAGUCUAAAUGAAACCGACAGUGCAUACACUAUUGACCUGCUUGGUACUACAGAAACUCCACAAGGAUAUGGCUUAGUCGAAAUUAAUGACACAUUCGGUCUGACUAAUUUUCCACAAUGUGCGCACAUCGGAUACUCAAAUGUAUCCCUACUGACAGAAAUAUCAUUUACCGUAUUUGCAAACUCAUGCAUUCUUAUUCUAGACAGCAAAAGUCUGGUUAGUUUAACAUGCCAAGCGAAAAAAGAUGAUAUGUUGCAAAGUAUUGGCAUUAUAAAUAAAUGCUGUCCGCAUGGAUACUCCUUUGGCGCAGAUAUAAAAAAGUGCUAUUUACGAUACCCCGACUACAAUAAAUACUCUGCCAUUUUUGAUAAUCCAAUGAUUUUUGUUGACAAUUCGUUCAAGUGUCCCAAGAAUAAAGUUUUAGUUGAAUAUGUACUAACGGCGGAAGCUAUUGUGAUACAAAAUGAAAGAAUUUUACUUAAAGAACAUAAGAAAUCAUUUCAGAGAAGUGAAUUUUGUAUUGAAGUGUUAACUAAAAAUGAAAACUCUCAAUUCGAUAAAAAUAUUCAACAAUUUAUAGUUCGUACUUGUCAACAAUUAAAAAUUUGUGAUUCUGUACCGUGUGUUCGUAAGUGUUGUGUCGAUGGUGAAAUCUAUGCGAAAAGAAAUUUGACAACGGCUUGUACAAGAGAUGAAAAUAAUUUUCAAUAUCACAGUAUAUAUAGCAUGAAUACCAGUGGUGCUUUUGCCAAACCCUCAGUAUUUGGAGUCUUAACUGGACUAGAAUGCCCGAAGUUUCGUUUGGAUCCGGAGUCUUUUUCGGAUGAGUUCCAUGUUAUAAGUUCAACUACAGGAUCGUUACUUAUAACUAGCACAAAUAAAAUUUACUCAAACAGUCAAUAUUGUAUUGAAAGUAUUAGAAAUUCAUCAUUUGCAGAUCAGAAGCUGUAUACAUUCUUGUGUUUCGACUCCAAAGUUGUGAGCAAUGAUCGUAUACGCUUUAGAAUGUAUCCGGUUGGUCUUCUAAUAUCAUGCUGCUUUUAUGUAAUAACUCUGAUGGUGUAUUCAUCAAUCGAAAAGUUGCGAAAUCUUCCGGGAAAAAUUUUAAUUUGUUUAGUAAGCAGUCUUCUUUUCGCCUAUCUUGGAAUUGCAUUAGGACAAUUGUUGCCUACUUCAAACAAUGAUAUAUGUUUUAUGUCUGCAAAAAAUGUUAAGUUGCUUGGCUCGGUCGCUAGAAGCAGUGAAAGUAUUGCACGACAAAGUCAGUGCGCUGCAAGCGCUCAAACGAAAUGGUCCCAUUCUUAUAUGAAGCACAGCUAUGCGCUAUUUGUCCUACUCUCUCUCUCUAUCUGACUCUAUGGUCUCUCAAAUCACCGAAAUCAGCAGCGUACAAAAAUUCAAAUUUGUUCGCAACGAUCCCAACUCUUUCCUUUUGAAGGUUAUACCUAAAUUAUAAAAGCGUUUGUCACUCUCAUACAAACAAAAUGUAAGCGUUUCGAUGGAUAUUCGUGGGAAGG